AUGGAGCAAGACCUCGGGAAUUCAAGGAGGAUUGCGGAGGAGUCCGCGGAUCCGACCAGCCAACAACAACACGAAGACAAUACGAUAUAUCCUCAUUUCAAGGGCGACGAGAACGGAAUCGGUUCCAUUGAUGUCAAUCAAGAAAACGAGACAGGACCCGAAAGUGAUGGUCUCACCAGACAAUCAACCCCUACAACCGUCCUAGCCCGAACUCUCUUCUUCAUCUGCAUGAGAGAAUCAGGACGAGACCCCGGCCCCCCUCCCGACGGCGGCUUCAAGGCCUGGUCCCAAGUCGCGCUGGCCCAUCUUGUCAUGUGCAACACAUGGGGGUACAUCAACAGCUUUGGCGUCUUUCAGACGUACUAUACCGAAACCCUGCACCGCCCGCCCUCGGAUAUCUCCUGGAUCGGUAGCGUCCAGACCUUUCUGCUCUUUUUCAUCGGAACCUUUUCUGGAAGAGCGACCGAUGCUGGGCUUUUCAAGCUCACUUGGGUGAUUGGCGCAACGGCUGAAGUUGUUAGUAUCUUUUUGACUUCACUCUGCACCCAAUACUGGCAGUUGUUCCUCACGCAGGGAGUCCUCCAAGGCAUCGGAUGCGGUCUCAUGUUCUGUCCCACCAUGUCUCUGGUACCAACAUACUUCACCAAACGACGAGCCCUCGCCAUGGGGAUUGUAGCGACUGGUUCGGCUACAGGAGGACUGGUCCUCCCUGGAAUCGUGAACGCUCUUCUACCACGGGUAGGAUUUGCCUGGACGAUGCGCACUCUCGGGUUCAUCACCCUGGGUUCUCUUCUUCCGAGCCUGCUUUUCCUCCAACAGCGGCUUCCGCCGCGAAAGAGUGGUCCGAUCGUCGAAUGGGUGGCGUUCAAGGAGGCGCCCUAUUCGCUCUUUGCCAUCGGCAUGUUCUUCGUCUUCUUGGGUCUGUAUAUUGGUUUCUUCUACAUCGGGAGUUAUGCGACAAAUACUCUUCACGCGUCGGAGUCAACUUCCAUAAACCUGGUCAUGGUCAUGAAUGCCGUCGGCAUUGUCUCUCGUAUUAUCCCCUGCUUUUGUGUGGACAUGUGGACGGGCCCGAUGAAUCUGCUUGUCCCGUUCAGCCUUCUCAGUGCAAUUAUCGCCUAUGCCUGGGCCGGAGUCGACAGCGUCGGGGGACUGUACGCAUUCUCGGUAGUUUAUGGUGCUGUCACGGCCGCAGUGCAAGGCAUCUUCUCCGUCACGCUGACCACACUGACAGCCGACCUCAAAAAGACCGGCGUCAGGAUAGGUCUGCGUCAACAACAAUCCUCGCAGGGAGGUGCUGCGAAAACAAGACUACCUCGCAGGAAAGGUCUGCGUCAACAACAAUCCUCGCAGGGAGGUGCUGCGUCAACAAGACUACCUCGCAGGAUAGGUCUGCGUCAACAACAAUCCUCGCAGGGAGGUGCUGCGAAAACAAGACUACCUCGCAGGAUAGGUCUGCGUCAACAACAAUCCUCGCAGGGAGGUGCUGCGUCAACAAGACUACCUCGCAGGAUAGGUCUGCGUCAACAAGACUACCCCGCAGGAUGGGCUCUGCGUUAUCAAGUGUGCCUCGCAGGAUGGGCUCUGCGAAACCAAGGACUCCAGACCCUCCGUGACCACGGCUGUCGCUGCCACGAGCCCAGCGAU